CUUGCUAUGUGCGGGUGGGCACAGCGCCGAAAUUCCUCAGAACACGUACAUCUUUACAUUCAGUGCGGAAUAUGUCCAAUCGUGAGAGGACGCCGGCUUGAGAAGAGAGAUCACCAGCUUGGAUUCCUCGCGAGGUGGUUCACCGAUAGUAGGAUCGAUAUUAAGGCACCGCGCACGACGCCUGUGUGAACGAGCGACACCGCCACCACCACCGCCACCAUGCUAUACUCUAACGGUCGUAAACGCUAUCUCCCGCCUCCACCUCUCAGCCACAGCCAACAGAACCUGCGCGCAAGCAGGGAGGACGUGCACAGCAACUACGCGAACAACGCCGCCGAUCGUCGCCUUGACGACCUGCACGACUGGGCCAUCUAUCGGACGAACGCCAACUCUCGUUACGUUGGCAACGGCGUCAGCGGCGGCGGUCUUUAUAAGGCGCAGUCGAUGCCAUUCGGGGAGUUUAAUCUAGACACUCGCACCGUGGACUACCUUCACAGUAGCGCCAAGCAGAGUCCGCAUCACGGCUCAGCGCUGGCCAUCAACAACGACCCGAAGAUGUACAUCGAGUUCGGACUGCCGCGGCUGCCGACGCAGCAAUCACGCGACCGCAUGUCGCGCGCGUGGUCGGCGGCGAACAUCGGCGAGACGGGCGUUCACGGCGCCGACGACGGACGUCGCUACGGCUACAGCAGCAACGACGUGCGCGACGGCGACGUCGACUUCUCGUCGAAGCGACAGAUGUCGCGCAGUCGGGAGGCGAUCAUCGACGAAGAGCGCGACGACGCGGCGUUCGCAGCGCCGCCUAGCGCGCGACUGGCGCGCAGCAACGGUUCGCGCUACGGCAUCGACAACAUCGCCUACAGCCGCGACGACGUCCGCGACGCUCCGCCGGGACACUGGGAGAGUUCCUGGGAUGCCGCGGACGACAUCCCUCCAGGUUCCCGCCCGCAGCGCUACAACGACGACCUCGUGUCGGCAUUCAACCCAAACCUGAAGGCCAGCGACGGAUACUACAAGAUGAGCGGGUCUACGAUGGCGCUGGCGACGGCCGAUCAUCCGGCGAACUACAAGCGGCCGUCGGCGGAGAACGAGAGAUGCUUCUACGAGCAGCAGAAGAACCGCGAGUACGCGUCGCGCGAGUGGAAGGGUUACUACAGUUCGAUGGAGGAGCUGCGAGCGAACCCGUACCCGCACGUGCAGCUCGCGUCGCUGAGUUUCGAUGGAACGCCGAUAGGUGGCGGUAGUGGUGCGCGAGGGAAGCGCGCGAGGAAGAAGCAGAGACUUCUGGACAACCUCAGCUUCGAGGUUCAUGGCGGAGAGCUGCUCACACUGCUGGGACAUAGAGGAUCAGGCAGGACAACGCUACUGGACAUUCUCGCGGGAACAACGCCAUCUGGUGCAGUGACGGGAAGGCUUACGAUAAACGGAAACGCGCUACCCGACUCCGUCUUGCAGAAGCACGUAGCGUACGUGCGUCGGGAGUCGUACCUCGUACCGUACCUCAGCGUGCAGGAAACCAUCAAGUUCUUCCUGCUCUUCAAGAAGCCAGAAGACAGUUGGUUCGCGGGAAAAAUCUCGAUGAUCGAUCAGUUGAUUGAUGAGAUACGCUUGGCACACGUCAAAGACACUAAGGUCUCUGAUCUAGCAGCGGGCGAGAAGAAGCGGCUGGGAAUCGCCUGCCAAGUGGCAUUAAAUACAGAUAUCAUAAUAUUGGACGAGCCCACUACAGACAUGGAAACCUAUCCAUCCGUAUUUCUCCUCGAGUACCUGCGGGGAUUGGCCAGGCGUGAAAAGGUCGUCAUACUCUCUCUCCACCAUCCGAGCAUGGACGUGUUCUCCUUGGUUGAUAAAGUGGUGCUGCUAUCUUCCGGCCGUAUGAUGUACUAUGGUUCGGCCCGCGGAAUGAUCAGCUACUUUAACUCUAUCAGCUAUUCCUACCCUUCGAUGGUCAACCCAUGCGACUACUACGUGGACCUCGUUACGAUGGAUGACCGAUCGAUAGAAACAAUCGCGGAGUCGUGCGAUCGCAUUAGUAGAAUUGCGAAUCUCUACCAGGAGAGGGCGCUACCGUUGUCCGAUCCUGAACCAACAGCUGUCGGGUUGCGACGGAUAAGGCAUACCGGAGGCUGCAUGCAAUUCAUGAUUUUGCUUUGGCGGCUCUUCACCUGCCACAAGGGGGCGCUGCAGGACACGUGGCUGUCGGGACUGGAGAUUUUCCUCUGCGCGUUGAUGUCGGUCUUGGUCGGGGUGAUCUUCUCCACGCGGCCCGACCAGCCGCCGCUGUACACGCACGAGCGCAUUGCCUUUAUGUUCGUCAUGCUCGUCAUCGCCCCACUGCCGCACGUCUACCGCACGAUAGCUAGAGUCACCGUAGAGAGAAGAGAGUUCUACUCCGAGGUGCUGGAAGGUCUCUACAGUCCAGUGGCGUUCUUCUUUGCUAAGAUCAUCAGCGAUAUUCCGUUGGCGAUGGUCGCAGCGCUCGCAUACUUGGCGCCCGCCUACUGGAUCGCCGAGAUGGACAAGAGCGGCCGAGUAUUUGGCAUGUACGCUGCCUUCAUGUUCCUGUACGUGUACGGUCUGCGGCUGAUGGCCGUCGCUUUAUCUAACGUCUUCCGUCGAGAGGCGACCACGGCACACGUCGCUUACGCCAUCAUUGCUUUCCUCGGGGCGUCGUGCGGCUUCGUCGUGCAUCCCCGCAUUCUCUGGCGCGCACCCGCGCUUUUUUGGUCGGCGUACGUUUCCAACUCGCGCUGGGCGUUCCGGGAGCUAGUCGCCGGGCAGCUGUCGGCGAAUUACUCCUACGACGUGUGCGUCGACGUGACGCCGACGACCGACCGACCGGCGCUCAUCAUCAGCGAAGCGCCGCGAUACGCGUGCAGUGACGUCACCGGCGCAGACGAGCUGCGCUAUUAUGGGAUAGAUCAAGAUGGCGUCGACGCGUGGGUGUCGUUCGUCGUCGUCGCGGCGUUCGCGCUCUUCUUCUUCGUGUUCGCCUUCAUCGUGACGUCGCUGUUUCGGACGCAGCCGCGGCGGUCGCGCAAAGCUAUCGACGAUCCAGUGAAUAGAACGUCGUUUGACUAUCGAUCAGUUUUCACUCUCUAAUUAAUGGAUGUUUCCCCUCACCGCAUAAUUAUUGUGUUCUCCGAGAAUAAUUCUGUGUGUAUGUCAAUCUAACGCUGCCAAAUACCUUGUUAUUAAGCCCGUGCGAAUGCUCUGUCUUCAUUCUCUCGCUUCACGUGUGUUCGUUGGUUCGCUGUAUGGCGCGUGCGUGCGCGCGCAUGUGUGUGUGCACGCACGCGCGUAUGUGUACGUGUGUGAUUGCAAUUAUAGUUUCUAUAUAUGUACUACAAUAUGUCUUUCACUUUUACUUUUUUUCUGCGCACAUUGCCGUGCAUAAUGCGUGCAUGUAUACAUACAAGAAUUAUUGCAAAUAUUCUUACAACAUUUUAACAGUCGUAACUUUUUCCUGGCCUAGUAAUGGCAAUGUAUUCUCAAUACAACUCAACUACAUAUGGAACUGGGUCAAAUCCCUAGCCUUGCCGAGUACUCAUGGAGCGAGACACUGAGGAGAUUUAUAUUCUAUUUCAAGUGGACGCGUAGCUCAACCAACCAUUUAUAAUAAAGAGUGAAUAAGUGUAUGUUUAUUUUGUAGAUAAUCAUAUAAGAAUUGUAAUUGUAAUAAGUAAGUAUAAGAAUUGAUGUGCUAUAGAAUAUUUAUAUUAAUAUCGUUACGAACACUGAUAACAAUCACUAACACUAAGAUGUUAACCAAAGUC